GCAAGUGUAGAGAUCGAAUGGUCAAUCUCACACUCGGCUCGAUUCACAGUGAGGCCUGAUGGCAGAGGACGACAUGUGGCGUCCGCCUACGAACCGACUGAUGAGCAGGCUCGACCGGUCUUUCUUCCAGCGGACCAUAGCGCUCCGUGCUGCGAGAGUCUUCCAAAAUCAGAACAUAUGCAAGGUCAGGAGCGCACUCGAGAAGAGCAAAGAUGCUUUGACAAGAGAGAGACUGGGCAGCGUUCAGCCCGAUCCAGACGUCGAGCGAGCAAAGGCUGGCAUGAAAUGUAUUUUGCUCAGACCUGAGGUAGCUACCAACGAGACGCCCGUUUCAGAAGUCGUCAAUCCCACUCCUCACUCUUCCGUUGUGAGCGAACUCGCAGAACAGGGUCUGAUUGCAGUCAUACCCUACCAGCUGAAACUUGACUACGACCACUGGACGUAUCACGAUAUCAUGUCCUCGAUACUGCCGGAAGACGAGCAAGGUGAGAUUCCCUCGGGCUUUUCUCAGGUCGGCCACGUAGCGCACCUCAACCUGCGCGACGAGUACGUGAAGUACAAGCAUCUCAUUGCCGAAAUCCUCGUGGACAAGAACCCCGGCGUUCGUACUGUGAUCAAUAAAAUCGAUGACGUUGGCGAAGAGAGCGAGUAUCGAACGUUCAAGUACGAAGUUCUCGCAGGGCCGCACGACUUGAACGUGACAAUAUCGGAGGAGAACUGUACCUUCAAAUUCGACUACAGCAAAGCUGUUUGCGAUGUCAUGGCUGGAAUCGGCCCAUUUGCUGUGCCUGCUGGCAAGAAGCGCAUCUUCGUGUGGGCAAAUGACUUGAACCCGGACAGCUACACGAGUCUGCUCGACGCUAUCAAACGGAACAAAGUUGGUGACUACGUCCGGGCAUUCAACGACGACGGCAAGACAUUCAUUCGCACUGCAGUCGCCGAGCUCGCCAAGACCGAUCACGCCGUCGACAUCGUGUCAAGACCAUCGCGCAAGAACAAGGACGCCAAGGCAGAAGUUCUCAAGACGGUCAAGCAGCCACGAACAUUUCAGCACUUCGUCAUGAACCUGCCCGCGACCGCUACUACCUUCCUGCCGAGCUUCAUCGGCCUUUACCCACCUUCUGUACGCGAUAUGCUUCCUGCUGACGCCAAGAUGCCUCUGGUCCACGUCUACUGCUUCAGUACCAAGAGUGACGACCAUGUGGAGGAGGGCUACAAGAUAUGCGAGGAGCUGAGCAAUCAGCUGCAGUGCGACAUGAAGCCCGGGAAAAUUUGCGAAGGCAAGGUCGAGGUGCAUGAUGUGCGGGAUGUGGCUCCGAAGAAGAGGAUGUUUUGUGCCAGCUUCCGUCUUCCUGAGGAGGUGGCCUUCCGAGACGCAGCAGCGUGACGCGGCGAGCAAGCUAUGUCCGCCACGGCCGCAAGCCUACUGUAUCUGAUCCUGACGCGGAAGGUGCUUUAGCGAGGAAAAUCCGCAGUAAUGCUGGGGCACACCUGAGAAAACGAGGUGCUCAAUGCAAGUCCGACCAAGGGCGUGGCUAGAUAUGGGCUGGCUCUUGCCUGGUCUGGCCUCAGUCCGGGAACUUUCUUCGGCAGCCUCGAUUCACAACGACAGACAGAUCAAUACCAAGAUCGUU